AUGGCACCAAAAGCACACACCAACAUUUCUCAAUCUCAAACCAGCAAUUGCCCCGAAAUAGAACAUGCUUGUGAUGAUUCAUCAUCCCAAGGAAAGAGAAAGAUGGAUACUACAAACCACACUUCCGUACAGCAUGACGAUGAUGAAGAAACCCCAAUCAACACAAUUGAGCCUAACACGAAGAAGCAAAAGCAAACUCUAUCCACCAAUACAACCAAUGUUUCAAGCUCUAGUAUUAAUGAUUCUGAUGUAUCAAUGGGUGCUAUAACCUCUUCAUUAUCCGGAACAACCACUAUUGUUGAAGAACCUCACCAAAAAUCACAGAAACCAAUCACUCUCAAUUUUACUGAUUACGAGAGUUGGAACGCGCAACAAGUAGUACAACUGCUAACUUCUCCUAAAUCUUUGGGUGGUGCUGGUUUGUCGGUUGAAAAGGUGAAGCCUUUGUAUGAGGCUGGUUUUGAUGGCUCAUCUCUCCACAACAUUGUUGAGGAUAUCAUGAAGAAGGAUGAAUAUUUUGCCAUCAAAGCCAUGACUGGAAGCAAAGACUUUACUCAUAUCUCCGAAAGUACUUGCAAAACUGUUGUAUUUUGGGUGCUCGAUCAAUUAAUUGUUCCGAACACCAAAUUGUUGUAUUAUCCAACAACAACAGCAUUUGGCCAAAUACGUUCUUACACCACCACAAAUUGGUUGAAGGAGAAAGAAGCAUCAACAAAUGACAAUGAUGUUACGUCAGCAUCUUCAUUCUCCGAACCAAUCACUCUCAAUUUGAUGGAUUACAAGAAAUGGAACGCGCAACAGGUAGCAUCAGUAUUGACAUCUGAUGAAUCUUUGGGUGGUGCUGGUUUGUCGGUUGAAAAGGUGAAGCCUUUGUAUGAGGCUGGUUUUGAUGGCUCAUCUCUCCACAACAUUGUUGAGGAUAUCAUGAAGAAGGAUGAAUAUUUUGCCAUCAAAGCCAUGACUGGAAGCAAAGACUUUACUCAUAUCUCCGAAAGUACUUGCAAAACUGUUGUAUUUUGGGUGCUCGAUCAAUUAAUGACCAGACAAUAUUCACUAUGGCAAUUGGAGCCGGUGAGUAAACAAAUCAAACAAAAAUUGGGCGAACCAAUUGCAAAAGGAGGUGCUGAUUUGAGUCUUGAUCAAGUUUCUUCAUUAGAUGGCAAAACUCUUUACUCUAUUGCAAAAGAUGUAGUCUAUGGAUCCACAGGUGAAUCUGUGGCCGUUGGAAAUCUUGACUUGAAUUUAGGUACAACAGUUGGCAAAUGGGUCACACAGUUUCUACAAAACAGCAUACAAGUUCCAUUGUUAAAGUUUGAGCAUACGAAAUCCUCAAACUACAUUCCAGACAAAUACACAAAUGAUACUUCAGAUUUUUCUGAUGAAGAAUUGUUGUUGUUGCAAAAGAUCAAUGAGCUAACAUUGAGAGAUUUAUCACAUGUUCAUUAUAACUUGGAUCGUCUGAUUUUCGAUAUGAUGAAUAGAGAACAAGCAAUACAAUCAAUUAUAGAUUUAGGUACAACACAAUACAAAGCUAGUCAACUAGAAAAAAUUAACAAACAAGACUUGACUUUUUUGAUUGUCAAAGGCGGAAGUGGGAGUGGAAAGACUCGUAUUGUGUCUGAGGCUGUCAAAAUUCUUUCGAAGGCCGAACCACAACAUAUUUUUAAGAAUUCAUCAGUCAUUUAUUUCAACUUUACAAAUGGAUUUGUUUUGCAAAAUGAUGUUGCAAGAGAUACCGCUAUUAUAUCAUUAAUAUCAGCGAGAAUUAUUUACUCUGCUUUUGAAGAUCAAGGAAUUUCAAGACGGUUACCAAAAAUAGAUAACGAUUAUUUUCUGUAUGAACUUCUACGUAUUAUUAGCUCAAAAUUACACGAGCAAUUGAAGGUCGAGCAAUCAGUACCUAUACCUCUUAUUCUGGCAUUUGACGAGUAUCAACGUGUCACCAGAAUCAACAAAGAUCUAAAUACCCAAUUGCAACAUAAAAUUGGAUGGUAUAUGAGAAACUGUCAGAAACGACAAGGAUUAGUAUUAUUUCCAACGUUCUCAGGAACAUUAUUGGACUCUGAUGCCAAAUUUGAACCAACCGACUACAAAAUAACAACGCUCCCAUUACCAACACUGCGAAAGGAGGAUAUUGAAAAAAUUUUGAUAAUGCAAAAUUUGACAGAAUUUUAUGUUUCAAAAUAUCAGAUUUUUUGGAGUAUCAUUGGUGUUGUGCCUAGACAUUUAGAAUGGGCAGUUAAAUAUGCCAAAGAGAUUACAAACAACACGACCAUUCCAUUAGAAACAAAAAUAAGCUAUAUUUACUGCAAUGUUGUGAAAGAAAUGUAUUUGAUAUAUCAACCAAACGACGCACCAGAUGAUAUCUAUCGAUAUCUCUCCUUACUUACUCUUUCAGGGUUUUCAUAUAGCACUCACAAAUCUCUCAAAUAUGAAAAGAAUAUUGAAGUACUAGCUAGCGAAGGUAGAAUUUACAAAUCCAAUAACCAUAUUGGAUUACCACUUCCUGCUAUUGACAAGCUUUCAGAAUUCUAUACAGAAAUCCCAAAAAGGUUAUUCAACGAUUUUAUUUAUACUUCAGCAAAACCUGAUUGGGAAAAAUUCGAAGAGCUAUGUUUGAAAACAAUUACCUGCAAACUGAACUAUAUUCUUAAGCUACAACAUACUAAACCUAAGUCUACUUUUACUAUUGGUGAGCUUUUUCAAGGGGCACAUAUGCCACACAAGCUUUCUCAACAGACUUUGAUGACCAACAUUGAUUCAAAGGCCUACUUCCAUUAUGCCGAAGUUUCACAAUCAAUUUCUACAUCACUCGUAAAGAAAAACACGGAUGAUAAUUUAAUCACAAAGGCAAAACCUAAUCAGCAAGGAAUUGAUGGAUUUUUACCAGCCUUUAGUUUAGAAAACGAAAAGAAAGUGCUAUUUGUAGUCCAAAAUAAGUUUUUGAAAGAUGAAUCACAAAUAAGGACACUUGAACCCAAACAAUUAUGCAAUCAUUAUAAGAAUGCACUAUUGGAUAUUGAAGGUUAUGAUGUUUAUGUAAUAAUUUUCUCAAGAAAAAAAGUCUCUGACAACACAGCCAACAAUGUCAACAAUGGAGUAAUUUCAGCCGAAUCAAAACAAACACCAUGUCCUAAACUAAUUUUGGUUUCCGGAGACUGCUUUGAUGACUUUUUCCAUCCAUUCAUUGCUAACAUUCUCAGAAAAUAA